AUGUUUAAACACCUUGCACUUGGCCUGUUGGCCGCUCAGUCUGUGGCAGCCACCCGCUUUGCCAUGUAUAUUGACGAAUACCAUACUGCCGCACUCCCGAGCCAAGACCAAACUCAAGGCAUUGACACUGCCAUCAUGGCAUUUGCGCCCUCGAAACUGUUUAACUCGGAUUCCCCGCCAUCAUUCACGCCAUUCGAGUCUCCUGACACCAUGCGCAAGCGUUUCAGUCCUGAAACUAAGCUCAUGAUUGCCAUUGGAGGCUGGGGUGAUACCUCCGGCUUCUCGGAGGGAGCCAAGGACGAUGCUUCUCGCGCGCGCUAUGCGAAGAAUGUCGCCGCUAUGCUUGAUUCCAACGGAUUUGAUGGUGUUGACAUUGAUUGGGAAUACCCCGGUGGUAACGGUCAAGACUACAGAGAUGUACCGAACUCGGAGAAGGUUGACGAGAUCGAAACCUACCCCAAGUUCCUCGAAGCUGUCCGCGAGGCCAUCGGAAACAAGACUCUGUCCAUCGCUGUGCCUGGUCGCAAGCAGGACUUCAUUGCCUUCACCAAGGAGCAGGGCCCCAAGAUUUUCAAAUCUGUAGAUAUGGUUAACGUCAUGAGCUACGACCUGACCAACCGCCGUGACAAUGUUACCAAUCACCAUACCUCCGUCCAGGGAUCCCUGGACACCAUCAACGAGUACCUCGAUAUCGGCGCUCCUCCUGAGAAGUUAAACCUUGGCUUCGCUUUCUAUGCUAAAUGGUUCACCACCGAUCCUGAUUCCGACUGUGACGAGAACCCUCUCGGCUGCAAGCUUGUCAAGCUUGAGAAUGAUGAUGGAACUGAUAAUGGUAAAUCUGGCGCUUUGACUUUCGAGGCCAGCAAUGUUGCGGAAGCCCCUAAGGAUCUGAAGACCACCACAAAUGGAAAGUGUGGUUUCGCUGAAGCCUCCAAGUGCCCCGAUGGCCAAUGCUGCAGCGCUUAUGGUAACUGUGGCACUGGUGACGACUUCUGCCAAGCUGGCUGUCUUUCUGACUACGGCACCUGCAAGGGUGUCUCGAUCAUCGACUCGUGGCGCAAGGCCGAGAAGGAUGGCAAGACAGAUGAAGAGGCUGGCGGCCAGUACUACUUCGACAAGGAGAACAACAUCUUCUGGACAUGGGAUACCCCGGCCCUGAUUGCCCGCAAGUUCAAGGACAUUGUCGAAGCGAAGAAGCUCGGCGGUAUCAUGGCCUGGAGCUUGGGCGAGGAUACCUAUAAGUUCGAACACCUGAAUGCUAUGCAGCAGGGUAUCAAGUCUGAGUCUACUAAGGCCAAGGCAACCUAG